ACAAUGUGUGGUACACGUAAAGAGUAGCAGAGUGGGACCUCUCACUUCGCCUGCGCUAAGAGCCACAUCGCUUGUGGGUCCGAGUGACAACUUUUUGGUUAUUUAGUCUCCUCAUAAAACGGUCCAUCUAAGAGGAACAUUAUGUUUGCCGUCAGAAACGCCCUCCGCCUCGGCCGCAGGUUGUCCGUCCAGGCGGCGUCGAGGAGAGGAUGCGCCGGUGCCUCCAUCCCGGUGGACGAUGUCGUGAACGGACUCACCGACGACCAGAUACAGCUCAGGCAGUCGGUUCGUAAAUUCUGUGCAGAAAAGCUUGCACCGCGUGCUGACGAAAUCGACAAGACCAAUGAAUUUCCAGGAAUGCGGGAGUUUUGGAGAGACAUGGGUGAGAUGGGACUCCUAGGGAUCACUGCUCCAGAGGAGUAUGGGGGCACAGGACUGGGCUACCUCGAUCAUGUCAUCGUAAUGGAGGAAAUGUCAAGAGUGUCUGCGGCCAUUGCUCUCAGUUACGGCGCCCACUCCAACCUCUGUGUCAACCAGAUGGUUCGCCACGGCAACGAGAAGCAGAAAGAGAAGUACAUGCCCAAGUUAAUGACAGGAGAGCACAUAGGAGCCCUGGCCAUGAGUGAACCCAAUGCCGGCUCUGAUGUCGUGUCCAUGAAACUCAAAGCCAAGAAGCAAGGCGACUACUAUGUUCUGAAUGGCAACAAGUUCUGGAUCACAAAUGGGCCGGACGCCGAUGUCCUUAUUGUUUACGCAAAGACAAAUCCCGAUGCCCAUCAGAAGGGCAUCACAGCUUUCAUAGUUGAAAAGGGAAUGCCUGGAUUCUCUACGGCCCAGAAGCUUGAUAAACUUGGUAUGAGGGGUUCAAACACCUGCGAGCUGAUCUUUGAAGACUGCAAAAUCCCAGAGAAAAACAUCCUCGGCCCUUUGAACAAAGGUGUUUAUGUGAUGAUGAGCGGCUUGGAUCUGGAGAGGCUGGUGCUUUCAGCCGGACCUUUAGGUAUCAUGCAGUCGGUUUUGGACAAUGCUGUUCCCUACCUGCACAUCAGAGAAGCUUUCGGACAGAAGAUUGGACACUUUCAGCUGAUGCAAGGCAAGAUGGCUGACAUGUACACCAGGCUGAGCUCCUGUAGGCAGUAUGUGUACAACGUCGCCCGUGCUUGUGACAAAGGACACUUCAGUUCAAUGGACUGUGCUGGAGUCAUCCUCUACUGUGCAGAGAACGCCACGCAGGUUGCUUUGGACGGCAUUCAGUGUUUGGGUGGGAACGGCUACAUCAACGACUACCCCAUGGGGCGGUUCUUGCGCGACGCCAAGCUGUACGAAAUCGGCGCUGGCACAAGCGAAGUACGCCGGCUCAUCAUCGGACGAGCUUUCAACGCCAUGUACAAGUGAUCCGAGCGGAGGAAUCGCUGAAGGCUGAGUGAGCGCUUUGCCCGUGGUCGAACGCCGUUACUCACACCUGUGGGGCCUUAGACGGAGCCAUCCGUUGAUGCUGUGAGGACGUCUGUAGAUUCUCACGUGUUUCUGCAUAACUGUCGCACAGCAUUUUAAUUCAUAAACCCUGAUGUAUCCUACAUGAAAUCACUCUUCCAGCAAAUGUAAGUUGAGUGUCUUGAUUUUUCAUAUCUGGUUAGUGACAUCGACUUGAUAACCACCCGAAUAAAGCAAUACCAUCAUUAUUAAGAAUUCAACUGUAUAAACAUGUUGUUUCUCCUUCAAGAGACGAUGGCGGUGUUUGAAUUAUGAAUGAAUUGUGAAUACUGUAUAAUCAUCCAUUAAUUACUUUCUCUAGCCUUACAGGUGAUUAUCACUCGUGAAAUUAAACAUUUAAAAAGUCUCAUGAGCUUUAUGACUUCACUUUCAUGAUUUCCCUGCAAGCUGAUCUCUGAUUCUGGGCAAUGAGUUUUGGGAGAAGUGUAUUUGUGAGUAUUCUGUUGUAGAGAAUUAGAAACUGUUUCUCCAUUAUUAUUUUUUUCAGAGCAACCCUUUUCCGCUCUUGUCUUCUGGCUGUACCGUCCAGCUGGAGAAACUCUCCUAAAGAUUUCUUUAGUGGAAUAAAUGUAGAUAAUGUGUGAUCUUAUAUAGUUGGGCGUGAAUAAACAAACCUUUUAUUUCAA